AAGCACUUUAUUCAUGUUUUAAGAUAAGCAGCUUAUUGGACCCAUACGGGAUGGUUGUGUUUACGGCAAUGCAGACACUACCAUUUAUUGCAACACAAGUCGUACGAGAGGAAAACCUCGUGUGACGUUUUCCAUUGGAAGCAAAGUAGUUACAAUGUUAAAGAACGAAACGAAUUCAGGGGUAUAUACAGUUGUACUAGACUCAAACACUUGGAGGAACCAUGACGGCGAUGUUAUAACAUGCAACGUCUCUGACGAUGAUUACGUACACGACCUGAAUAGUUCAGCUAAAUUGUGUUACAUGGAGAAAGGCUCGAACCCUAUUUUGGUCAUGCCAGAAUACAUCUACGAUGAAAAUACGACAGUUAGUUGCGAUGUGUCAAAUGUACGACCGCCAGCGGUGAUUGAAAUAUUGGUAGACAACCAAGCCAUUGAUGCUAUUCAAAAAGAUUUAUUGAACGAAACGUCAAAAACUUACACCAGUAAAGCUUCUAUAUUGAAGAUAGACAAGAAUUGGAAUGGGAAGGAAAUGUGUUGUCGUCGAAAAGCUACAAUUUACGAAAAUAUGGAACUCACCUGUAAAACAUUAAACAUAAAGUAUUCGCCGACUGAACUGAUUAUGACCUUUACCUUAGCUUCAUCUAACGUUACUAAACAGUCAAUUGACGUUACUUGUUUUACGAUGGAAUCCAAUCCUCCUUGCGGUGUGAAUUUGUCGACCAAUACCACACAGUUGGUGAAAGAGUCCUCAAUGUUUUGGACAGAAAAUACGGCUAGUGGAUUCAAGAGCUAUAUUAAAGCUACUUUUUCGGCCGAAAUGAUGAUUGGCAGAGGAAUAAUCAAUUGUUUUACAACUUGUGACAAAAACUUGUCAAAUUUGAAAUCUAACUUUACAAUAAAUCUUCCAAAUGGCCAAGGUAUGGUGAAGGAACUGAAUGUUUUGGAAGGAAGUAACGUAUCGUUCAAAUGCAAAUAUAACCAUGGCAACCCUCCGCAUGAAUCAUCAGUGGUAUGGACAAGAGCCUCGAACAACCUACGUUGGGAGAACUGUUCUCUUGAAAUCACGUCUGUUCAGAGGUCUGAUGAAGACUUUUAUACAUGUACAUUCACAAGUAAAAUGGUAGUAUCUGAAGAGAUUCAUUUGAAUGGAAGCAUUUGCGGAACGCUGCGUUUACAUGUGUGCUACAAAUCAACGGUUAAAGACUUUGCUGUUAUAGGCUCGGAGUACACAAAUAGUGUUACCAAAGCCGAAAACGACACAGCAGUACUAGUGUGUGUGGUUGAUAGUAACUCUAAUGCUGAAAUAACCAUCGCUAAAGCCGACGAAAUACUGGAAGUGGAAAAUAAUGGAAGCAAUCUGACGCACACUACAACUAGUUUGUCAUGCUUAGAUACCGGUCUCUACUCGUGUACGAGUGCAAACAGAUACAACCGCGAUCACCCGUCAAAAGACAUACUUGAAUUGCUUGUUACCUGUUCGGUCAGACGCCCGUACGAUGGGAAUGUGAAGCUCAUUUUUUAUAGUCCAUUAAAUGAAAAUGUGACGUUAUCGUUCACUGCUUAUGCAUACCCUAUACCUUUACCAUGGCAAUUUGUUUGGGAAAAAUGCGUUGGAAACGAGAAUUGCACGGAAGUUACUGCAAAUUUGUCCAAAUAUGUCAUUUCGACCAUCGGACUGUCGACUUCACUUAUUAUUACUCAAGUAAAUGAAAAGGACUAUGGACCAUACCAGUUAACAAUUUGGAAUGGUAUUGGUAGAGAAUUAACGGAACGAUUUCAAUUAAAGAAAGAAAUAAGACAUUCCACUUUAACUAUUGGUGCUUCUGUCGGAGGAAGUAUCAUUGCUAUGGUUAUUGGAUCUGUUCUUCUUGUAUAUUGCAUUCGGCGAAAGGUUUCUCUCAGCAACGUGUGUGGCACCUGUGGUUUUCGUAAUAAAAAUUCCAAUUCGAGAGCAAAAGAGGUGGACAUGUACUUGACUUGCGUGCAUCAUUCAAGGCCAGUUACGGACGUAAGCCACUAUCAGAGCAUAAAGGAUAUAUUGGAAGUGGAAACUCGUACGGAUGACGAAAAUGUCGGCGCACCGCAACCAUUACCCUACCAAUCGCUACAGCAAGUAAAUGUCGGGGAAACAAUUGAAUACGAUGACUUACGGGAGAAUCCAUUUUAAUAGAACAAACAGAUGGAUGAAUGCAUUUAAAAGCAGGAAAAAUUAUCGAAUGGAACAAUGAAAUACCACUUUCAUUUCCCUGACAAAUCUCAAUAAGGAUCGGAAAUACAUAACAAAUACGUAAUUUCACAAGAAAAUGCAUUCAUAAUAGUAUUAAUCAUUCCCUUAAUCAGUUAGAUUAAGACUUUCACAGAAUAUACGAAAACAAUAAUGAUUUAUUGAUAAAGGAACGUAUAAACUGGUAAUAUGGUCAUGGUCGUCAUGCCUUGUAACAAGACUGCUCAAGUUAUUAUAACAAGCCACUCAUAUAAUCCAGAACACUAUUAAAGUAAAGAUAAUAUUAGAAGUAAUAGUUACAUGACCUAAAGUAAAUUCUUAAUGAUUAAGAAUGGGCGGAGUGAGCGCUGCGAAAAAUCCAACGUAGGUAUUGUGUAUAAGAUGUGUGACAGUAGGCGGAUCUUUAAAUACCCGCGAAAGUGAAAUUCUUUAUGAUUUAAGUCUAUUACUGAAUGAGUGUCCAUCUGCAUUUUCAUUUGCUGAAAAUGAAGGUUUUAUUUUUUAUAUUUAAGCUAUUGUUGCUAUGGGGCCUGUCAGGCUAUAUACGCGGUAAACCGUAUGACCGAUAAGUUGGAAAAUACAAAUGUGUACAGUUUAGGUUAUGAUGUCCAUUAAGACUACUCUUAGUUAUUCAUUAGUGUAUGAGUUCCAUACAUAAAGUGUGUAGUCUUGUUUUGCUCAUUUCCGUUCAUAACAUGUAUGACAGACAGACAGAUCAUUUAUUUACCAGAAGAUCAUAGACCCAUGUGGCCGAAUAUCAUACAAAAAUGACGACAAGUACAAAACAUGUGUAAAUAGUCAUACAUAUGUAUGACCUUUCGUGCACUACAGACAACAUUUAACAUACCAAAACAUACAAUAACCACAAUUUUAACAAUACAAUUACUGGUAUAUAUGUGAUCAUAUUUUAUAUGCAUAUACAUAUACAUAAACACCCACACAUACAUAUACACAUAUAACACACACACAUACUUAUGUUGGAUAUAAUGCAACAUUUCUAAGUUCGAAAGCCUUGUAUAUAAACAUACUCAGAUUUUUUAAAAUAGUUU